GGAUGGGUCGACGCGCUCCCUGGUGCAGCUUCGCGGGUUCUGCAGCCCGGCCUUCUUUCAUCUUCGCCAUACGAUCCGCUCGCGGGGGCGACGAUUGGACGAAUACGGGCGCUAGCGGGGGGCGGAAGCGGAGUGUCUGUGCUCUAACUGACCUCCCGAAAUUUGCGCCGUUCAUCAUCGCCCUCCGCUCGUUAUGGCCGGGGUGGAGGAACGCCGCCGUGUUAACCCGUGCUGUUGCGCGGAACCCGGCCGCAUGCCACACGGAUCCGGACGGGCCGCCCGCGAGAUGGGGUGGAUUGGCCCUCGUGCGGCGGCUGGAGAAGACGCGGUGCGAUCUGAGUGGGCCAGCGGCGGGCACGAGGCUGUUCUAGGGCGGGCCAUUCGCUCGGGGGCUGUCAUAUCGGACUCUCUCGAAGACGGACCUCUGAAGCGACGCGUCCGCCGCCCGGGGCUGGAGUCGGAGCCUGAGUCCCGGACGGUGAGGCUGCUCUGCACGAUCGUUUGAUCGGUUUUCUGUAUUUUUCUUCUGCGGAGGGGAACAUGUGCUGCUCACGGGCGUGUGCACGCGUGGCGGCGAGAGCACACGAU